GAAAGACCGGCCCCCACUCAAUGACCCUGGUUUUCUACGUAGCUUUGUUUCCGCCUGGAUCGUGGAGCGCCCGGGGACACUUGGGGGCCGUUCCUAGCCUCGCUAGCCUCAGCCGCAAGGGUUCUUCUGUUUGCCAAACAGCGCGAUCCAACGUCGUCCAUAUCACGUCACACAUGAUAUUGCAACCUGCGGUGCCAGACACUCGAGAAAAAGCAAGCGUCAACCAGAGAAAGACACUGUUCAAGAUUCGAGGAGAAUGCCUCUCUCUUAUCAGCAAUGCUCUCCCUGCCUUCAAUAGUUCACAAUAUGCAGCCAAAUCACCCAGCAGUCACCCAGUCACCCAGUCACCCAGUUUGGUGAGAGACAGGGAAGGGCCCACCAUCUUGCAGUUUGCCGGGGGCAGACUCAAAUCUAACCAUGCAUCAUCCCCGGAGCGAGCGCCGCACCUGGAAACGAACCCCGCAGUUGCCCGCCCUUCUCGUCCGCCAACACCAACGGCGUCGUGAGCGUCCAAUCCACUCUGAUCGUGGCAGCUCAUCGCCAUCAUCCAAAGUGGAGGCCCGAGGCGACGAUCCCGCCUUCCUGAAGGGGGCACUUCCCCUCGGCCACCUUCCCGGAUGAGAGAUUUUUGAUUAAUAGCCCUAAUUUGGGGGCGUCAAGCCCGAGCCUGCUAGUUGCUGCUGAGAGGAAGGAAGAGGUAAGGGGCAGAAGAGACAGAAGGAAGGGGCCGAAGAGACAGAAGGAAGGGGCAGAAGGACACUCCCACCGCCGGCACUUCAAAAAGAUUCGCUACCAUACCAUGGAAACCCUGACUCGAACACAAAAGAAGACGAGACGAUCGGAUGGAUGAUCCCGUGACAUUCUUCUCAACCUCCAUGGGCCAAUCCUGUGAUAGAAACUCGGUGUACUCCACUGAUCACAACAACAGUGUGCCAAUCGCAUCAACUGUGGCAGCCAAGCAGCCAUGCUCACUGUUUCUCGGAGAAAAACAUCCCCCCGUGAUUCCCUACAUGCACAUCCCGCGCAGUGGUAUCUAAGGUGGCUCUCCUUGAUCUUCGUGACCUUGAAGAGCCCAGCGUGUGGCGCGCCCUCGGCCAACGCACCGAUUGGUGAAUAGACAAACACCCCCAGAGCAAGAGACCCGAAACCCCUGCCAAGUGACCGACUUCUCUUUUCCAGAGAGCAUGAUGCAACGCUUUCUGCAUGGUUUCUGGAUUCGAUUCGGGCCUGCCGUUACAACAGUGGCAGAAUUCCCUGCCCGCUUGCUGCGUUGCCAUUGACCUUUCUCCUAAACCUGCUACCUAGCAUAGAUUGUAUAGGUCCAAGGGGGCGUCAAUAUUCGUCUCUGAUACAGAGAAACAUGCACAUACCACCUCGAGGAUAGCACGGCUUGUACAGUGUAUAUCCCUCCUCCUGCCUCCCCCGAGACGUCGUGGGUUUCGAGGGCCUCGUCUGAACUUUCGUCUCGUCUCGUCUCGUCUCUGGUUCUCGACGCUCUCCGUCCGACGUGCAGAUCAACCACCAUCUCUGGUCUCGAACCCUCCCGAAAUCGUCAGUCAACAUGGGCUGGACAUUCAACACCAGGGACCCGGAUGCCCCUACCAUUGGACCGUUGAUCACUGGAGUUUCAGCUGCUCUCACCUUUGUCUCUCUCGUGACGGUAUGUCUCCGGGUCUAUGUGCGGGCUGCCAUGAUCAAAGCCUUCGGUGUCGAUGACUACCUAAUUCUCAUCACUUGGGUGUGUGCGGGUGGCUUUGCCGUCGUCACCAUUGUUCAAACAAAAUGGGGCCUUGGUCUACGGAACAUUGAUGACUUGCCCCCCGAAAAUAUUUAUAACUUUGGGCUUAUUCAAUACAUGGGCGCACCAUUCUACAUCAGCAGUAUCUUGGGCUUCAAACUAGCCCUGCUGUUCUCCUACCUUCGCUUCAUCCCCAAGGGUAUCUACCGAUACAUGACCAUUGGCGUCAUCGUCGCCUGCUGUCUCUUCCACCUUUCUUUUCUCAUCGUUCAGAUCAACCUCUGCCAGCCAAUCGCUUUACAAUGGGACCCAACCAUCACAGAAGGAUCCUGCAUCAAGGGAGUGCCCUUCUACACCAGCAUGGCCUCCCUCACCAUCGUCUUUGACGUUAUUGUUAUGCUCACCCCCUUCCCCGUCCUCGUCAAAUCCCGCAUCCAAAACCGCAAAAAGCUCGUCCUCCUCGGCCUCUUUGGUCUCGGCCUCUUCAUCACCGUCAUCCAAAUCAUCCGCAUCCAAACCGUCAAGCAACUGGCCAACUACCUCGACUCGGCCCCGUUGAUCCUCUGGUCCGCCGUGGAAAACAAUCUCGGUAUCAUCGUCGCCAACGUGCCCACCCUCGCCCCGCUGGUCAAGUACUACAAUGAGAAAUCCACCGGUGGAGGAAGUGGUCUCCGCUCCAAGAAGACUGGUUACGCCUCCCAGGACGUCGGCUCGAGAUAUGCGAUGAGGACGUGGAAGAGCAACAGGUCCAAGGCGUUGGAAUUGGGCAGUGUGCAUGAUGCUACGGAAGGAAGUUUUGAGGGGCAUGUGAUGAAGGGGAAUACCAGCACCGAGAUGAUUUUGGAUCAUGAGGGGAUUACGAAGAAGGUGGAGGUUGUUAUUACUCGCAACUAG